CGAAUCCCAGCUUUGAAGAAGCGAUCUUUUCAUUACAAUACUCGUUCAUAACAAGCUUGCCCCAAUGGCAGCCCCUAAUGAGACCUACACUCCGGCAUUUCCUCCAAAAUCCAAGCCCCACAUUUCAACCGGCAUCCCCUUUCCUGAAGCAUGUGCCCAUCACAUUAAAGAUACUUUCCAUGCCUUAAAGGUCUACAUAAUUGUAUCGAACUCUAUCAGCAAGACUUCCAAUUUUAGCUCUCUUCAGGAACGUCUUGGUGAUUUGGUUGUGGGCGUGAGGUAUGGAAUUAAACCACACACACCAUGGGAUGAUGUCUUGGAAAUCGCACAAGAUAUGCGAGAGAAACAAGCAGAUAUCAUUGUUACGCUUGGAGCUGGAUCACUUACUGACGGAGCAAAAAUCAUCUCAUUCGCAUUAGCAAACAAUGUAUCCACUCCCGAUGGACUCUACUCUCUCUCGGACGAGGCCAAGACCUCGGAUCUAAAGCCAUGUCACGUCCCUAUAAUCAACAUUCCAACAUCCCUUUCUGGCGGGGAGUACUCACCAUUUGCUGGCGCGACCAAUACUUCGACGCAUCAGAAGGUGGCCUUCAAUCACCCAUCGAUGGGCACAUCUCUUAUCAUUCUAUCUCCUUCCCUGUGUAUUUCUACUCCUCAACAUGUUUGGCUUAGCACUGGUCUUCGAGCAGUAGAUCAUUGUGUUGAAGGAUUUUGCUCGCUCGAUGAAAAGGUUUGCGCCGGAAGCGACGAGGAGUUCUCGAAUGGAUUGAGAUUACUUAUACCAAAUUUGUUGAUCACUAAGAAAGAUCCGAAAAACGAGGACGCGAGAUUAAAGGAAAUGUUGGGGGUGGUGGAAGCAAUGAAGGGGGUUAGCAGAGGUAUCCCAAUGGGCGGGAGCCACGGAAUUGGGCAUCAGUUAGGGCCGCUAGGCGUUGGCCAUGGCGAGACGAGCUGUAUCAUGUUACCGCAUGUAUUGAAAUACAAUGCAAAGCAUGGCAGUAACGACGAGAAAGUUAUUGGAGGACAAAGAAAAGUACUGGACGUUUUGUGGGAGGAAGCUGCCGUUAAAGACCUACUCAAGAGAAACGGAUUGGAGAGAGAAACUUCCGAUGCAGGUGAUGUGGUGGGUGCUAUCGUGCGCGAACUUGGCAUGCCGAGGACACUGAAGGACGUGGGCGUAAAGAGCGAGCAGUUGGAUGCACUGGCGGAUAAUUGUUUGAAAGAUAGGUGGUUAGCUACAAAUGCUGUACCUCUGACUAGUAAGGAGCAAGUGCUCGAAGUGCUGGAAAUGGCUGCUGGUUCAUAAUAUGAUCAUUGUGAGGGGCCAUUUUACUAGCCACAACUUUUAGUCAAACUCAUGAUUUGGUGAUUUUUAUUGAUGUUGUUCUUAGCGGCUUGAAAACUUUGUUGCGCAUAUAUUCUGCAGCAUAUCACAAUUUUUGUCAGUUUUUACACACCGAUUACCCUCCAGCACCGAGAAAGUGUUCGAGAAUAAUGACAUGAAAUAAUUUGCAAGACAAUCAAAAUUUCCAGAGGAAACAAAACGCAAAAAAAUGUAUAUUGUACAGUGGUCAAGCUGUUUGUUUGGAAGGGAAUUUGUUCUUACCAAUUUUGUCUUCUCGUCGUGCCACCACCAAAUUUUGUAUUUGUCCUGGUUCCCUGGUACAAGCCAGAUAGUGGGUCCCAUUGUUGGUUUGAUGUUGAAAUUGUCCCUGCAGAGCAGAUUAAUUCAAUUGCUUAUAGUCACACUCCGAAGAGGUCGGACUUGUCGAUCCAUA